AUGCGGACUCCCCGUCAACUGAAACUGAUACAUUACUACUUUCUGGAACAAGAAGACGCAUCCUUCGGAUUCGGUACUCACAGCACGCUAUGGACGAACCUAGAGAUCCACCGAUGUGCCGUUCGAACAGAGAGACGGCUCAACGGUAGAUUUAAAGGUCUUCUGGAGGCGGGUUCUACGAUCAGCAUCAGCGCUCAGACUAAGGUAGACUUCCUGCACCGCACUUUCAGCGACUUUCUCGCUACGAAGCGCAUGAGGGAAGAACUAGAGUCUUGGGCUUCACAGGAACUGAAUGUAUACACUGCUAUAAGCCGUGCACUGAUCGCCGAAUCGAAGUUUAUCGACAGGCAUUCGUGUCCCGACACUAUCAAACUAGCGAUAGAGCUUUCUAUUCGAGGCGCUGUUGAGACGGGCAACACCAAUGAUUGCUAUCAGGUUAUCGAUCAGGCAGAGUCAGAGAGCGAGCGCACGAGAGCCAGGCAUUCGAGGUGCGGACUGAGCUGUUACAUCCUCCGUUUCGCAACUUCGGCUGGGCACGCAAAUUACUUAAAACAUCGAGUGCACAGAGGCGGUGUUGCGCUGGACCUAAACCGUAUUCUCAAGCACGCAAUAGUAUGCCUGGUGGAUUCCGACGAAAAUUACAACUUCUGCCUACCUUCCGCUGUUUCACCCUGUAGCAACAAUAGUCACCGGGGCCGGUUGAGUCCUUCUUCCCAUGAGGCUUCGGGCAAUGUUCCUCUGCCUUCCUUGGUAACGGUAUUGUUCGAACUAGGCGCAGACCCCAAUGCCAUUGUGGAUGGUACAUCCAGUUGGACCGCGCUCGUAGGCGAAAUGAUUGAGCUGAUGGAUGGCAAGCAAAAAGAGCAAUGUUUCGCUGUACUGCAAACUUUCCUCGUGAAGGGCGCAGAUGUCAAUACGGCGGCGGAGCAAUGGAAGGUGCUGAUAGAUCGUAUGGACGCUGGAUUGGAAGACAGCAUCCGGAACUCGGAGAGAUUCUUCAGGUGCCUCUUCAGCCAUGGACUCGAUCCAAAUGCGACGAUACACGGCACAACACUGACGAAGGAUUUCCUGCGGAUGCUGGUACGAACUUCUCCCCAUCUCAAAGGUAUAUCACGAGAUAUCCAGCACAGACUCUUAGGCGAGUUCCUCAGAUGUGGCGCUGAUGUGUCCAUGGUCUACAUGGACGUAUCAAGCCAUGGAUGGUUCCAAAAUGUGUGUCAGGAAUUGAAACACCAAACUUCUUUGAUUCUACUUUCCGCACGAGUUGAGCAGUAUCGCAUCUUCCUCGAACAUGGAUUAGAUCCCAACAUGAACACUCGCAGGAAUGUCAGCAUAUGGAAAGGAUUCCUGUACGCUAUAGAAGAUGGCAUCAAGCGGAAGCGGUAA